AUUUGCUUUGAUUUUAGGAGCAGAUUUUAGGUGCUUGAUAUUAGGGAUUUGGCGUACAAGUCUUUAAAACUUUUGCUUAUUUAUUUUAAUAAUUUAAAAUUAACUUGUGCUUACAUGUUUAUGCGUAAGAUUGAGCUUGUUUUGUAGUAUCAUGGGUUUGUUCCUUAAAAAGAGGAAAAUAUUGAGAGUUUUUCUUGGUUGAACUUAAUGGUUGGAUUCUGGUUGAUUAUUUUGAUGUGAUACUCUGUUGUUUUCUACAUGGUUCAAGCAACUUAGGGAGUAUGGAGUUGGUUUCUGAAGAUUAAAAGGAGUAAACAUUUUUGUUGUGGUGGUUUCUAUUUUCAACUUUUUAGUUAUGGAUCUCCAUUUUGAUUUACUUUUGUUUUAGGUUGAACUGUCUGUAUUUGCAGAAGUUUGCAGUUUCAAAGACAAAGCUAUGUAGUUGUUAUUUUUUGAACUGAAGGAAGAUUUUAUUGUUACAUCCUUGGACUGCCCUUAUUGUUGCCAGUCUUUUGUAAUCUGAUUUACAGGUAAGUGUCUAGAUGAAUGUUGAUAGUGAUGGUGAAAAAGGUUUACGGGAACUAAAUCACCGGCUCUAUGAUGGUAACAAGAGAACUACAAACAGUGUCAUCCCUGAGGAAGAUGUGAUGCUGGGAGCAGAUGAUCUGAAAGUUAACAAGAUCGCACAAAAUGUGAAAGAUGGUCAUGUUGGAGCUGUUCAGGCUUCUGCCAUGUGGCAAAUGGCACAGCAACAGCCUCAAAAUGCAAAGUGUUACUGGCAGAGGUUUCUGAAUCUAACAACGGUUACAGUUCUGCUUGUAGAAAAUGAUGAUUCUACUCGCCAUGUUGUCACUGCACUUCUGCGCAAUUGCUGUUAUGAUGUUAUUGAAACUGCAAAUGUAUUACAAGCAUGGAAGAUACUAGAAGAUUUGACCAACCAUAUCGAUCUUAUAUUGGCUGAGGUGGGAAUACCUUCCUUAUCUGGCCUUGUUCUUUUGAGCAAGAUCAUGAGCCACAAAACACGUAAAAAUGUUCGUGUGAUCAUGAUGUCAUCUCAGGAUUCAAUGAAUCUAGUCUUUAAGUGUUUAUCAAAAGGUGCCGUUGACUUUUUGGUGAAGCCUGUUCGAAAAAAUGAGCUAAAGAACCUGUGGCAGCAUGUUUGGAGGAGAUGCCAUAGUUCUAGUGGUAGUGGAAGCGAGAGUGGCUCACAAACUCAAAAAUCAGUCAGAUCAAAAAGUGUCGACAAGUCUGACAACGACAGCGGUAGCAAUGAUGUGGACGAUAAUGGGAGUGGUGGUGAAAAUGUUGGAGAUGGCAGUGAUGACGGGAGUGGCACUCAGAAUUCUUGGACAAAACAAGCAGUAGAGGUUGACAGCUCCCGUCUAGUCUCACCCUCGGAUGAAAUUGCUGAGUGCCCUGAUAGUACAUGUGCCCAAGUUGUCCAUUCAAAUGCAGAAGUACCUGGGAACAAAGGGAUGCCAGUGGCUGCAGCAAGGGGGUGCCAAGAACGAGAUGAACAGCUUGACAAGGUUGCAAUGGGGAAAGACCUGGGUGUAAACAAGCCCAGAGAUUUAAAUUUACUACCAAAGUGUCCAGUUGAGGCCCCAAUCAGAACAGUUGGAACCAAACAGAUUAACCUUCUUGAGAUGAGCUCCAGCAAAUACAAUGAUCAGAUUGAUAAAAGGAAGCUGGACCUCAAUAGUGAAGCCCCUUCCUGCAAAGAAAAGUCCGAAGCUGCUAAUCAAACUGGCAUUACAUCUAUGACCACUGAUCCUAAGAUGGAAAUUGCUGAGUACGAGGCUUCAAACAGGCUUUGCAAAAUCUCAGAUGGCAAUGAUAAAACCAUUAAUGAUUCUGCAGAACUACCAUCUAUUGAACUCGGAUUGAAGAGACUUAGAGGAGUUAAAGAUGCUGGGACUGUAGCUAGGGAUGAGCGAAAUGUUUUGAGACGAUCAAACGCUUCUGCCUUCUCAAGGUAUAAUACUGCAGCAAAUGCAAAUAAGGUUCCCGCUGUCAACACUGGAAGCUUGUCUACAGUUGACAAUAAUUUAGAACCGGCUAGAAAAGGAUCAGUAUUUGUUGAGAAGAAUAAGGCAGUUGUAUUAGACGAGGGAAAUGAUGUAACUACAACAGCAGGACCAGUCCAACCUAGAGGGACUCACCAAGAACUGAAAAUGCAACAUUCGACAAACCAUUAUGAUCAACACAGCCAUCUGACCCACGAUAUGCAGCAGCUGCAGCCAGAACAUGAUGAUUUAUCUUUGAAAAAAUUAGCUGAUGAUGCUCCUCAUUGUGGGUCAUCGAAUAUGUUGGGAGGCCUUGUCGAAGGAAAUGCUGGCAACUACAGUGUCAAUGGAAAUGCCUCAGGUAGUAACCCUGGAAGCAAUGGGACAAAUGGAAGUAGCAAUGCAGUGAAUACUGCCGGAAAAAAUAUGGAGGGUGACAACGGAAUAGCUGGGAAAAGCGGAAGUGGAGAUGCUAGUGGCUUCGGGAGUGGCAGCAAAGCAGACCAGAGCAAGUCUGCUCAUAGGGAAGCUGCAUUGACCAAAUUUCGUCAGAAAAGGAAAGAGAGAUGCUUCCAGAAAAAGGUUCGGUACCAAAGCAGGAAACGACUAGCAGAACAACGACCUCGCAUCAAAGGGCAGUUUGUGCGACGAACACUGAAAAACAAUGAGCUAGCAUCCGAAAGCAAUUCAUGUUCCGAAUAGUGAAGAAGAAAACAAGCAGACCAAGAGAUAAAUCAAAUCCUCUUGCUGAUACCACAAAGUGACUGGUGUAGACUAUUUGACAAUUUUAGGCUUGAUGAACUGUGUUUUAUUGGUAUGGACCUUCCUUUCUUUUUUU